GCGCCUUGUAUUGAGGUCCUCGUUGGCGGCUCGGCGCCACUCGUCUCAUGAGCAUUUCAUGACUGUUUGAGCAAAAUAUUGAGUGGAAAUAAGGUUUUGAACGACGUUGCGUAAACGUUUUGUUCGCAAUGAAUCUCGAACUUCUUGAAUCGUUCGGGCAGAAUUAUCCAGAGGAGGCAGAUGGCACUCUGGACUGCAUUAGCAUGGCCCUCACAUGCACCUUUAACAGAUGGGGUACCCUGCUGGCUGUAGGCUGUAACGAUGGCCGCAUUGUCAUUUGGGACUUCCUCACACGGGGUAUCGCCAAAAUAAUUAGUGCACACAUUCACCCAGUGUGCUCUCUUUGUUGGAGUCGAGAUGGUCACAAGCUGGUCAGUGCUUCUACAGACAACAUAGUCUCUCAGUGGGAUGUCCUGACAGGGGACUGUGACCAAAGAUUCAGGUUCCCAUCACCAAUCCUAAAGCUGCAGUGUCACCCUCGAGACAUGGACAAGGUGCUUGUUUGCCCCAUGAAGUCAGCGCCUGUCCUGUUGACCCUGUCAGACUCCAAACACGUCGUCCUUCCUGUUGAUGAUGAUUCUGACCUUAACGUUGUGGCAGCUUUUGACAGAAGAGGGGAAUACAUCUAUACUGGAAAUGCCAAAGGAAAAAUUUUGGUGCUGAACACAAACACACAGGAGCUGGUUGCUUCCUUCAGAGUUACCACUGGUACCAGUAACACAACAGCCAUCAAAUCCAUUGAGUUUGCACGCAAGGGAAGUUGCUUCCUGAUAAACACAGCUGAUCGAAUCAUCAGAGUCUAUGAUGGCAGAGAGAUACUGACCUGUGGCCGAGAUGGGGAGCCUGAGCCUAUGCAGAAACUUCAGGAUCUUGUCAACAGAACUCCGUGGAAGCGCUGCUGUUUUUCUGGUGAUGGCGAGUACAUUGUUGCUGGUUCAGCACGACAGCACGCCUUGUACAUCUGGGAGAAAAGUAUCGGCAACCUGGUGAAAAUUCUACACGGAACCAGAGGAGAGCUGCUCCUGGAUGUUGCUUGGCAUCCUGUCCGUCCAAUUAUUGCCUCCAUAUCCAGUGGUGUGGUUUCGAUUUGGGCCCAGAACCAAGUGGAAAACUGGAGUGCUUUUGCUCCAGACUUUAAAGAAUUAGAUGAAAAUGUGGAAUACGAGGAGAGGGAAUCUGAAUUUGACAUAGAGGAUGAAGACAAGAGUGAGCCAGAGCAAACAGGUGGAGAUGCAGCUGAAGAUGAAGAGGUUGAUGUCACCACCGUGGACCCCAUUGUUGCUUUUUGCAGCAGUGAUGAAGAGCUGGAGGAUUACAAAGCUCUGCUGUAUCUGCCCAUUGCCCCUGAGGUGGAAGAUCCAGAGGAAAAUCCAUUUGGCCCCCCACCGGAUACUGCGGUCCAGUCAGGCGGGGGAGAGGACGCAUCAGCAGGAGGCGACAAGAAACAACGGCCGCCAUCAUCUGAUGGAGGACCCCCCAAGAAGAAAGGCCGCACCACCACCAUUGAGCUGCAGGGUGUACCGAGUGACGAGGUACACCCUCUACUGGGUGUGAAAGGAGACGGCAAAUCCAAGAAGAAGACGGCAGGUCGGCCCAAAGGCUCCAAAGGUAAAGACAAAGACUUCCCAUUCAGGGCCAAACCCUACAGGAGCGAGCGGGCCUCCUUCCCCAUGGAGGUCUUGGGCAGCUCUGGCCUGGGAGGAGGUGGAGGAGGAAGUGGAGGAGGAGGGAUGAAGGGCAGGGCAGAAGUGGGCCUGGCCACAGGGUCUCUCGUCUCCCAGUCGUACAAACAGCACGACAUUGGGGGGAUGGAUUGAUCAUGGAUGAAGAGCACUGGCAGGUCCAAAAUCAAAGACUUUCAAACCAGCAGACUUUUCGCUGCUUGGUCCCCCGCUUGGUGACUGAGACUCAGGAGUCUCUGUCAGGAGUCAUCCCAGUAGAGAUCACAUGUCUUUUGUCGGUUUUAUCCUGUAGAAAACGUCCAUGUCCUGAUAGAGUGACUGUGGGAAUGU